AUGUCUAAUAUUUCUAAAUAUUUUACGCCAGUCCCUGACGCCUCAGUGACAUUCAAUGGCGCUAAUGUUGAAUUAGGCAACGGUUUUGGUCAUAAGGUCAACAACAAAGAUCCAGAGGCUGAUGUCAUAUCUGCUGCUGCCGCUGAAGGUUCUGAAGAACAUAUCCUUCACGAUCUAACUUUCAGAACCUCACAAGGUGAAAUGGUUCUUAUUUUAGGUAAACCAUCAUCUCCAUUAUUCAAUGCUCUUUUUCAUGGUCACAAAAACCUAAAAUACUCUCCAGAGGGCUCCAUCAAAUUUAAGGAAAACGAGUAUAAGGCUUUCUCAUCCACAUGUCCUCAACAAAUUAUUUACAAUAAUGAACAAGAUAUUCAUUUCCCUUUCUUGACUGUUGAACAAACAAUUGAUUUCGCUUUAAGUUGUAAAUUCAACAUUCCAAAGGAAGAACGUAUUGCGUUAAGAGAUGAAUUGUUAAGGGAAUUUGGUCUUUCUCAUGUGUUGAAGACUUUAGUCGGUAACGAUUAUGUUCGUGGUGUUUCUGGUGGUGAGCGUAAGCGUAUCUCAAUUAUCGAAACCUUCGCUGCCAAUGGUUCCGUAUAUCUAUGGGAUAAUUCUACCAAGGGUUUGGAUUCUGCUACAGCUUUAGAUUUCUUGUCCAUUUUGCAAAAGAUGGCUAGAGCCACUAGAUCUGUUAAUUUUGUUAAGAUUUCGCAAGCAUCUGAUAAGAUUGUUUACAAAUUUGAUAAAAUUCUGAUGUUAUCUGACUCAUACCAAGUGUUUUACGGUACUAUCGACGAAUGUAUGACUUAUUUCCGUGACUCUUUAGGUAUUGAGAAGAAUCCGAAUGACUGUAUAAUUGAAUACUUAACUUCUAUUUUAAACUUUCAAUUUUCAACCCAAAACAUGAAAUCACAUUUGAUUCCAAGAUCCGAAAUUGAUUUAUACAAUUUAUGGAAGGAAACUGAAUAUUAUACUCACUGUAAGGAAGAAGUUGAUGCCCAUGGUGCCCCAGGUAAUACUGACAUUCCGGAAGAGGAUACGACUCCAACAUUUGCUAUCUCUCUAACAAAACAACUAGAUAUCGUUACAAGAAGAGCAUUUGAUAGAAGUAUUGGUGACAAAUCAUAUUUGAUUUCUCAAUUUGUGUCUGUGGUUAUCCAAUCUUUAGUUAUUGGUUCUCUAUUUUAUGACGUCGCAAAGACAACUAUUGGUUCUUUUUCUAGAGGUUCUUUAAGUUUCUUCGCCAUUUUAUUCUUUACAUUCCUUGCCUUAUCUGAUUUACCUGCUGCCUUCCAAAGACAAUCUGUCGUUAGGAAACAUGUUAACUUACAUUUUUACUACAGUUGGGUCGAAACAUUAGCAUCUACAUGUUUUGAUUAUACAUUUAAAUUCCUUUUGGUCGUUAUAUUUUCUAUUAUCUUAUAUUUCUUAGCUCAUUUAAAGUUUGAGGCUGCAAGAUUCUUUAUCUUCCUGUUAUUCCUGUCAUUCUACAACUUCUCAAUGGUUUCGUUAUUUACAUUAACUGCACUAAUGAGUCCAACACUGUCCAUCGCUAAUCUGAUCGCUGGUAUUCUGUUAUUAGCUAUUGCUAUGUACGCUUCUUAUGUUAUUCAUUUAGAAGAUAUGCAUCCAUGGUUUAUUUGGAUUGCCUACUUGAAUCCAGCUAUGUUCAGUAUGGAAGCUAUCUUGAGUAAUGAAUUAUUUACUUUGAAAUUGGACUGUACAGAGAGUAUUAUUCCAAGAGGUGAUGCAUACGUUAACAUCACUUUCGCUAAUAAGGCUUGUGCUUGGCAAGGUGCUACUUUAGGUAACAAUUACGUUAGAGGUCAAGAUUAUCUAAAGUCUGGUUUGAAGUACAAAUACCACCACGUCUGGAGAAACUUUGGUAUCUUAAUUGGUUUCCUAUGCUUCUACCUUUUCUUAUCAUUAUUCGUUGCUGAAUAUAUUACUCCAUUAUACACCAGACAAAAUUUGCUAAAAUUCCAAGCAUACUUGAGAAGUCAUGGUAUCAUUAGUGGUAGCGAUCUUGAAUUCGAGGAGGAAUUAUAUAACGAGCCAAUGGUAUCUUCAAGUUCUUCAUCCAGUUCUCUAGAUUCUGUCCACAAAGAAAAUCCUGAGGGUUCAAAAGAUGAAGAAGACAAGAAUAUAUCUAACGGUGAAAAUGGAGCUACUGUUCAAUCUCAAAAACACGUUAUUUCAUGGAAAAACAUUAACUACACCGUAGAAGGUGACAAACAAUUAAUUAAUGAUGUUUCAGGUUAUAUUUCAUCUGGUCUAACUGCCCUUAUGGGUGAAUCCGGUGCUGGUAAAACCACAUUAUUAAAUGUGUUGUCUCAAAGAACCGAAAAGGGUCUUGUUACUGGUGAAUUAUUGAUUGACGGUCAGCCACUAACAAAUAUUAGUGCUUUCAGAAGAAGUAUUGGUUUUGUUCAACAACAAGAUGUCCACUUAGAUCUAUUAACCGUCAAAGAAUCUCUAGAAGUUUCUUGUAACUUAAGAGGUGAUGGUGAUAUGGAAUAUCUGGCCUCUAUUGCUAAGUUAUUACGUUUACCUGCUGAUAAAUUGGUUGCCGAUCUAUCACCAACAGACAGAAAAUUGUUAUCUAUUGGUGUCGAAUUAGUUACUAAACCAUCUCUAUUAUUAUUCUUAGAUGAACCUACAUCUGGUUUGGAUUCUGAAGCUGCUCUAACAAUUGUUAAAUUUUUAAAGAAAUUAUCUGAACAAGGUCAAGCCAUUCUGUGUACUAUUCAUCAACCUUCUAAGAGUGUUAUUAGCCAUUUUGAUAAUAUUUUCUUGCUAAAGAGAGGUGGUCAAUGUGUUUACUUUGGUGAUAUUGAGAAUGCUUGUGAUUACUUUGUGCAACAUGAUAACUUGUUAACUUAUGACCAUGAAACUGAAAAUCCUGCUGAUUUUGUCAUUGAUGUUGUAGGUGGUAAAGUACGCGAUGGUGCAUCUAAUAAAAUAGACUGGACAAAUGCUUGGCAACAAUCCCCACAAAAGGUUGAAAUUUUCAAGACGUUAGAUAUCCUAGAGACUGACGCUCGUAAUUCGAAUGUCGAUUUUACUACUUCCGCUUGGACUCAACCUUCUUACAUGGCUCAAUUGAGAUACAUCAUUAAAAGACAAUAUAUUUGUACAAAGAGAGAUAAGGUUUACGUGAUUUCUAAAUUUGGUUUAAAUGCUGGUGCUGGUCUAUUUAUUGGGUUCUCAUUCUGGAGAACAAAAAAAAAUAUUGCUGGUUUGCAAAACGCUAUUUUCUUAGCUUUUAUGAAUAUGUGUCUAUCAUCUCCAUUGAUCAAUCAAGUUCAAGAUAAAGCUCUACAAUCUAAGGAUGUCUUCAUUGCAAGAGAAAACAGAUCUAAUACUUACCACUGGACCGUCUUAUUAAUUGCCCAAACAGUCGUUGAAUUACCUUUGGCCAUUGGAAGUUCCACAUUGUUCUUCUUAUGUUGUUAUUUCUGUUGUGGUUUCUCAAAUGCACCACAUAUUGCUGGUGUAUUCUACCUAAACUAUAUUUUAUUCAGUGCUUACUACCUAACUUUUGGUCUUUGGUUGAUGUAUUCCGCCCCAGAUUUACAAACGGCUGCUGUUUUUGUCGCUUUCUUGUACUCCUUCACCGCAUCCUUUUGUGGUGUUAUGCAACCAUAUGCUUUAUUCCCAGGUUUCUGGACUUUCAUGUACAGGGUUUCUCCAUACACAUAUUUCAUUGAAACAUUUGUUAGUUUACUUCUGCAUGAUAGACCCGUCGUUUGUGAAAAUAGUGAAUUGGUCCCAGGUCAACCUUUAAUGGGUCAAAAUUGUGGUGAGUUCAUGGCUCCUUACAUCGCUGAAUUCGGGGGUUACUUAAAAAAUCCAAAUACAUUUACUGUUUGUGGUUACUGUACAUACACUGUGGGUGAUGACUUCUUAGAAGUUGAAAACAUGAGUUACCAUCAUAGAUGGAGAAACUUUGGUCUAGAAAUUGUUUUCGUAGUCUUCAACUUUUGUGCAAUGUUCGUAGGUUUCUACUUAACCUACAUAAAAAAUGUAUGGCCAAGUGUUUAUGCUUGGUGUAUGAAGGCUACCGGUCUAAACCGUUUACUAAAAUUGGAUAUUAAUUCAAACGGUAAUUACAUUGAUGAAAAUGGCGUUUCAGCUGAAAAGGAAAUCUUAGAAAAACCUGAUUCUUUCGAUGCCAGGGAGGAAUAUAUUAAUGAUCCUGUUGCCCAAUCAAUGGAAAUGGUUCCUGAUUAUAUCGAAGAACCUGAUAGCAAUGCUGCUGCAUCUGCUUCCAUCGAACAACCAUUUGCUACACCUUUGGAAACUCCAAGUGUUGUACAAACUGAAGGAAACAAGUUGUAG